UUUAUCGCAAUGUAUCGUUAGAUAAAGAAAAUGCCACUCACGGGAUUCCGUAGGCAAACACUGAUGACGAAAAGGUCUCCUGAAACCAGUAACGCUAGCAUUCAGAGCCAUCUACAGCAACAUCUCACUAUAUUUUAGUCAGCAGUAUCUUUAAUACUCAUCUUUGAAUUACAUUGUCGCUAGUGGGGACCAGAUGGCUGCGAAAAUCAACGAGGCGCACGACCACAUUGCCAAGGCUGAAAAAUAGUAAGGAAAUCUUGCUAGCUAGAUGACGUUAGCUAGCUAGCUGAAUUGCUUUUGACCAUUUUAUUACAGUAGGUAGCCAGUAUCAUAGUAUAAACAAGUCUAUAUUGUAAAUAUACCUAUUUACAACACAAAUAGGAAGGGAGUUGUAUUUCUAGUUAAUCAUAUGCUAUUUAGCUAGCUAGCACUCUAGACAGGAUUGGAAGCCAGUUGAGCUGGCUGGCUAGCCUCUGCCAACACUGCAGUUAUGCCUGACAGUAUCACUGCAGAAAUAAUAGGACGUCUACACCUGUAUUAAACCCUAUGGUAAAUCCAUAUGAGACAACCCUGGUGUUAUGUUUUCACUGAAUAUAAUGCAUUUUCCCCCCACAGUUUAAGGACCAGCUUCAUGAAAUGGAAGCCUGACUAUGACAGUGCUGCGUCAGAGUACUCAAAAGCAGGUAUUGUAUUUCAAAGGCUAUUUAUUACAUUAUUCAAUACACCAACAAUUUUGACCUGAAUACAUGUCCCCUACUACAACGACUGGUGAGCACUAGCCAAGUAAAACUAAACUCCACGAUAUACUUAACAUCAUAAUACUGACAGUGCGCUAUUUAUUGCCCAACUAGCCAAGUAAAACUAAACUCCACAAUGUACUUCACAUCAACAGAGUUGAGCGGUGACUUUUAUUUAUUUUUAAACUACAGAUUUCAUCACCCAAAGAAUAGCCCGCAAUUACAGGGGACAAUGUGCCGUGAAAUUGUGGGCUAUUUUUUGGGUGCUGAAGUCCGUACGUUUUUUAAAAUAAAACCUUUAUUUUAUGUGACGUCGACGCUCCAGUCCCUGCACACUCGUCUCCGCUCAACUCUGUUGAUGUGAAGUACAUUGUGGAGUUGAGUUUAACAUGGCUAGUUGGGCAAUAAAUAGCGCACUGUCAGUAUUAUGAUGUGAAGUACAUUGUGGAGUUGAGUUUUACUUGGCUAGAUUGCACUUAGUGUUGCUCAGGUUGUCAUAUGAUGUAGCUUAUUAUGUAUUAUAAACUGGGUGGUUCGAGCACUGAAUGCUGAUUGACUGACAGCCAUGGUAUAUCAGAGGUAUACCACAGGUAUGACUAAACAUUUCUUUUUACAGCUCUAAUUACGUUCCAACCAGUUUAUAAUAGCAAUAAGGCACCUCAGGGAUUUGUGAUAUAUGGGGAAUAUCAGGGGCGCAACUUUGGUUUAAGAAGUGGGGGGAACAUAAUAAUAAUAAUAAUUGUAUUUUCCAGUCGGAUAAACACUCCAAACAGCAUACCCGACCGCUCAGAGGCGUCCACAUGUUCCUAAAGCACACCGUUGGCUCGUUUUGUAUCACAUUCCAAUGAUAAAACUGGGGGGACAAUAAUACAAUUUCAGAAUGUGUGGGGGACAUGUCCCCUGUCCCCAGUGAAAGUUGCGCCCCUGGCUAAUAUACCAUGGCUAAGGGCUGUAUCCAGGCACUCUGCGUUGUGUCGUACAUAAGAACAGCCCUUAGCCGUGGUAUAUUGGCCAUAUACCACACCCCGCCGGGCCUUAUUUCUUAAUUCUAAAUGCAUAAUGAAGCGUUCCCUCCUCCAUCUUCCAGCUGUUGCCUUUAAAAAUGCCAAGAUGCUUGAAGAAGCAAAGGAGGCAUACCUGCAAGAGGCAGAGGCCCAUACCAACAACAAAACGUAUCCUUCCACUGCUCACUUCUAAUAGUGGGCUAGGCUUAUCACCCAACUUUAAUGACCAUGAAUGCUUUCGCAGUAUUCUUGGAAAUCCCAGGCCUAGGGCAUUGUUAAUGUGGGAGGCAACCCGUCUGCCUAGGGAGACUAAUUUCACAGGGUUGUUUGGCAGUUAUGUAGGGGUUUUAUAUGCUGCAUUUGAACAACAUUGACUACAAAUCUCAUAUAAACAUCAAUGUUUUCUUUAACUUAACUAAAUGUUCAGACUAUUCCAUGCUGCCAAGUGAGUAUGAAAGAUCUGUCUCAUGUAAUGCUAUUAAUAGAAACCAGGUGAUGUACAGUUGAAGUCGGAAGUUUACAUACACUUAGGUUGGAGUCAUUAAAACUUGUUUUUCAACCACUCCACAAAUUUCUUGUUAACCAACUAUAGUUUUGGCAAGUCGGUUAGGACAUCUAUUUUGUGCAUGACACAAGUAAUUUUUCCAACAAUUGUUUACAGACAGAUUAUUUCACUUAUAAUUCACUGUAUCACAAUUCCAGUGGGUUUACAUACACUAAGUUGACUGUGCCUUUCAAUUGUAGACCUCCACAAGUCUGGCUCAUCCUUGGGAGCAUUUUCCAAACGACUGAAGGUACCAUGUUCAUCUGUACAAACAAUAGUAUGCAAGUAUAAACACCAUGGGACGACGCAGCCGUCAUACCGCUCAGGAAGGAGACUCGUUCUGUCUCCUAGAGAUUACUUUGGUGCAAAUCAAGCCCAGAACAACAGCAAAGGACCUUGUGAAGAUGCUGGAGGAAACAGGUACAAAAGUAUCUAUAUCCACAGUAAAACAAGUCCUAUAUCGACAUAACCUGAAAGGCCGCUCAGCAAGGAAGAAGCCACUGCUCCAAAACCGCCAUAAAAAAGACAUUACGGUUUGCAACUGCACAUGGGGACAAAGAUCGUACUUUUUGGAGAAAUGUCCUCUGGUCUGAUGAAACAAAAAUAGAACUGUUUGGCCAUAACGACCAUCGUUAUGUUUGGAGGAAAAAGGGGGAUGAUUGCAAGCCGAAGAACACCAUCCCAACUGUGAAGCACGGGGGUGGCACCAUCAUGCUGUGGGGGUGCUUUGCUGCAGGGGGGACUGGUGCACUUCACAAAAUAGAUGGCAUCAUGAGGAAGGAAAAUUAUGUGGAUAUAUUGAAGCAACAUCUCAAGACAUCAGUCAGGAAGUUAAAGCUUGGUCGCAAAUGGGUCUUCCAAAUGGACAAUGACCCCAAGCAUACUUCCAAAGUUGUGGCAAAAUGGCUUAAGGACAACAAAGUCAAGGUAUUGGAGUGGCCAUCACAAAGCCCUGACCUCAAUCCUAUAGAACAUUUGUGGGCAGAACUGAAAAGGCGUGUGCGAGCAAUGAGGCCUACAAACCUGACUCAGUUACACCAGCUCUGUCAGGAGGAAUGGGCCAAAAUUCACCCAACUUAUUGUGGGAAGCUUGUGGAAGGCUACCCGAAACGUUUGACCCAAGUAAAAAAAUGUAAAGGCAAUGAUACCAAAUACUAAUUGAGUGUAUGUAAACUUCUGACCCACUGGGAAUGUGAUGAAAUAAAUAAAAACUGAACUAAAUCAUUCUCUCUACUAUUAUUCUGACAUUUCACAUUCUUAAAAUAAAGUGGUGAUCCUAACUGACCUAAGACAGGGCAUUUUUACUAGGAUUAAAUGUCAGGAAUUGUGAAAAACUGAGUUUAAAUGUAUUUGGCUAAGGUGUAUGUAAACUUCCGACUUCAACUGUACAAUAGAGACCUGGUUUGUCUACUUGUGACUGUAUUGGUCGUUGCUAAUGAGCCGUUUCUGUUGCAGAGCACUUGAGGCAGCUGGUAUGAUGCUUAAGGUUAGUGUUAAUGUGAUAAACAGUAUCGACACUCAUACAUUUUUAUCAGAGGUCAGAUCAAAUUUGCUGUUAUCUUUAUUCCAUAGUUUUAAAUCUUUGUUGCUCACUUCAGGAUUAAAGCCAUUGUUGUUAGUCAGACAUUUUUGACACGACUAAUGUUUUAGUUUUACUAUUAAUUGGCUGCGGAAGCUAAUCAUUGAUAGACACUCCUGUUUCUCUCCAGGACAUGCAGAGGAUACCAGAGGCUAUCCAGUAUAUUGAGAGAGCAAGCAUGAUGUAUGUAGAGAACGGCACACCGGACACUGCAGCCUUGGCCCUCGACAGAGCUGGAAAGUACGUAGCCAAUAUUGAUCAUCAUAGAUGGGCUCUAGAAAUGAAAUCCCUGUCAACAUUGGCAUGUCACUAAACAUAUUGAUGAUGCUUGUUUUUAUUCGUUGUUUUGAUGCUUUGGCUACUUUAAAAAAUGCUUAGGCUACUUUCUUUUUUUAGGCUAAUCGAAUCACAGGAUCUAGCAAAAGCAGUGGAUCUGUACCAGAAAGCUGCAUCAGUGUUUGAGGUACAGUGCUAUAUGAGUUCAAUAUUUGAUACUACAGAAGACCAGAAAUCAUUGUGUUGCUUCCAUGCCACUACCUCGGUUCAGGGUCACAUUUGUAGGGAUCUCACGUACUGCAUGGCCUAUUAAUACAGUCCUAUUUGAGAUUUGAUAUUGGAUACAUUAUAAUGUUAUAACGGUAAUGCAAUGUGAUCAAAUCAAUUGAAGUAGUAUUGAUAUGGUGAAUGUAUAUUUCUGCAGAAUGAGGACCGUCUACGUCAAGCUGUAGAGAUGCUGGGGAAAUCAUCAAGACUGCUCGUCAGGCAACACAAGUCAAUUCUCACUUGCUUUACAGAUUUUUCUACCUCUCCUACUCAUUCCCUACCCGCUAACUGUUGGUGUUUUUGUCCGUCAGGCUUGAUGAAGCAGCAGUGUCGAUUCAAAAGGAGAAGAACAUGUAUAAAGAAAUAGAGAAUUACCCAACGUGUUUUAAGGUGCGUUUUACUUAUUUAACCUAAUAAAGAACAUUGACUGUGUGUUGAAACCAAAUGGUUGCCUGUGUAUUUGCUUAUCUCCAGAAAACCAUUGCCCAAGUGCUAGUCCACCUUCACAGAAAUGACUUCGUAGCAGCAGAUAAAUGUGUUCGAGAGAGUUACAGGUACUAACUUCACAUUUUUCUAAUUAAGCAAUAAGGUUAGAGGGGGUGUGGUAUAUGGCCAAUAUACCCCGGCUAGGGCUGUUCUUAGGCAGUGCCUGGAUACAGCCCUUAGCCAUAGUAUAUUGGCCAUAUACCACAAACCCCCGAGGUGCCUUAUUGCUAUUAUAAACUGGUUACCAACGUAAUUAGAGCAGUAAAAAUUUUUUUUUUGUCAUAGCCGUGGUAUACGGUCCGAUAUACCACGGCUAUCAGCCAAUCAGGGCUCGAACCAAUCCAGUUUAUAAUGAAAGAUAAAUAUGAAAGUAAUUGUUAUGAGUGUUGUUAUAUUUGACUAACCAUUCUAACCUUUGCCCCUAGUCUGCCAGGCUUCAAUGGGAGCGAGGACUGUAUUGGCUUGGAGCAGCUCUUACAGGGCUACGACGAGCGGGAUGAGGAACAAGUGCAGCGCGUCUGUAACUCGCCCUUAUUCAAGUACAUGGACAACGAUGUGAGUGUGCUGCCUACAGCCUAAUAUGUAACCAACGUUCACUUUCGAAGCAUGUCAUCGCAAGUUUUGAGUGUCUACUUUUUAAAUUGGUGUUCAGGGGUGUAUUCAUUAGUUGGAUUCCGUUGCGAAACGGUUUUGCAAAACGGCAAAAAAAAUUUGCAACAGAAACCGUUUACUCUCUAGGAAAUGGGGAGAGACCUUCCUGAAUUUGUCUAAUAGAAACACUUGUUUUUGUUGCAAAACAUUUUCCUUUGGAGUAAACGGUUUCCAUUGCAAAAUGUUUUGCAACAGAAUCCGAUUAAUGAAUAAACCCCUCUUUACUGUCUCCUUUGAUUGCGUUUAAGGACUUUAAAAGGUAUGGAAUCAUGAGCUGUCCUUUCCAUAUGAUACAGUGGGGGAAAAAAGUAUUUAGUCAGUCACCAAUUGUGCAAGUUCUCCCACUUAAAAAUAUGAGAGAGGCCUGUAAUUUUCAUCAUAGGUACACGUCAACUAUGACAGACAAAAUGAGAAAAAAAAAUCCAGAAAAUCACAUUGUAGGAUUUUUAAUGAAUUUAUUUGCAAAUUAUGGUGGAAAAUAAGUAUUUGGUCAAUAACAAAAGUUUCUCAAUACUUUGUUAUAUACCCUUUGUUGGCAAUGACACAGGUCAAACGUUUUCUGUAAGUCUUCACAAGAAUUUCACACACUGUUGCUGGUAUUUUGGCCCAUUCCUCCAUGCAGAUCUCCUCUAGAGCAAUGAUGUUUUGGGGCUGUCGCUGGGCAACACGGACUUUCAACUCCCUCCAAAGAUUUUCUAUGGGGUUGAGAUCUGGAGACUGGCUAGGCCACUCCAGGACCUUGAAAUGCUUCUUACGAAGCCACUCCUUCGUUGCCCGGGCGGUGUGUUUGGGAUCAUUGUCAUGCUGAAAGACCCAGCCACGUUUCAUCUUCAAUGCCCUUGCUGAUGGAAGGAGGUUUUCACUCAAAAUCUCACGAUACAUGGCCCCAUUCAUUCUUUCCUUUACACGGAUCAGUCGUCCUGGUCCCUUUGCAGAAAAACAGCCCCAAAGCAUGAUGUUUCCACCCCCAUGCUUCACAGUAGGUAUGUUGUUCUUUGGAUGCAACUCAGCAUUCUUUGUCCUCCAAACACGACAAGUUGAGUUUUUACCAAAAAGUUCUAUUUUGGUUUCAUCUGACCAUAUGACAUUCUCCCAAUCCUCUUCUGGAUCAUCCAAAUGCACUCUAGCAAACUUCAGACGGGCCUGGACAUGUACUGGCUUAAGCAGGGGGACACGUCUGGCACUGCAGGAUUUGAGUCCCUGGCGGCGUAGUGUGUUACUGAUGGUAGGCUUUGUUACUUUGGUCUCAGCUCUCUGCAGGUCAUUCACUAGGUCCCCCCGUGUGGUUCUGGGAUUUUUGCUCACCGUUCUUGUGAUCAUUUUGACCCCACGGGGUGAGAUCUUGCGUGGAGCCCCAGAUCGAGGGAGAUGAUCAGUGGUCUUGUAUGUCUUCCAUUUCCUAAUAAUUGCUCCCACAGUUGAUUUCUUCAAACCAAGCUGCUUACCUAUUGCAGAUUCAGUCUUCCCAGCCUGGUGCAGGUCUACAAUUUUGUUUCUGGUGUCCUUUGACAGCUCUUUAGUCUUGGCCAUAGUGGGGUUUGGAGUGUGACUGUUUGAGGUUGUGGACAGGUGUCUUUUAUACUGAUAACAAGUUCAAACAGGUGCCAUUAAUACAGGUAACGAGUGGAGGACAGAGGAGCCUCUUAAAGAAGAAGUUACAGGUCUGUGAGAGCCAGAAAUCUUGCUUGUUUGUAGGUGACCAAAUACUUAUUUUCCACCAUAAUUUGCUAAUAAAUUCAUUAAAAAUCCUACAAUGUGAUUUUCUGGAGAAAAAAAAAUCUCAAUUUGUCUGUCAUAGUUGACGUGUACCUAUGAUGAAAAUUACAGGCCUCUCUCAUCUUUUUAAGUGGGAGAACUUGCACAAUUGGUGGCUGACUAAAUACUUUUUUCCCCCACUGUACCUCUCUCCUAGCCACCCCAUAGAUGAAUUUCCAGGCUAGGCUGAGUAAUACAAAGUCAGAGAAGUAGUUUAUUAAUAGAAACAAUAGCAAUCCAACUGCUUGCUCACCUGCGUCACCCUUCUAGACCCCGCCUCCUUUUUGUUUUGUAUGAUUUAUCUUUUCAAUUAUCAGAAUACUCUAGAAAUAUGUUUCCCAAACCUCUCCUGAUCUAUUCCUGAAAGAGGCACACACCUGAUUCAAACUAACCAAGGGCUUUCUGAUUAGUUCAUUAGUUGAAUCAGCAAAAACAUGGAACUGGCUGGGGGUACUCAAGGAGAGAUUUGGAAUACACUCUUCUGAGAAACAGAUACUGUAGAGACCACUAACUUGCCUUAACCUGAACAAAGUGCCAAUCAUCUUGCAGUAUGCCAAGUUGUCCGUCAGCCUGAGGGUUCCAGGGGGUGGUAAGAAGAAGAAGGCGCCAGCUGCCGAUGCUGGGGAAGGAGGAGCUGGGGCCGGAGAGGCUGACGAGGAUGAGUACGCCGGUGGGCUAUGUUAGCCACAGAACCUGGACUUCCUGCCUGGACCAGAACACUUCCUGUUGCCUGUUAGGAAGGGAGUUGGAAUCUUCCACAGCCUGUCCUCACAUUCUGAGCAUGUCAGGGGGUCGUGAACUCUGCCUUCCCCUCCCAUUGCCAGAAUCCAAGCAACAACUGUAGGCACUCGGACCAUCAAGCAUAAUGAGUUAUGUUCAGAACAUAAGCAUGGUAAUAUAUAACAUCGGUGUGGAAAAUAAUCAUACACUACUCAAUGAUUUGAAUAUGUAUUAUUAGUCCCUUUUGGGUUUACUGUCAUUGUAAAAUAUUGUAUAUUUUGCUACAUUUAAAGUGAUAUGAAACAUUAAAUUGCUUUUGUUGUAUUUGCCUCAGUGGAUAUACCAUCAAUGUUUUUAUCUUUCAAUCUACAACAGCAUGCAACAAGAUACAGUGUGAAAAUAUGGAUUUGAACAUUCAACUUACAAUAUAAAAACUCUGUGCCUCAAUAAUUUAUGUGUAAAGGGGUAGAUGAAUCAAUUUCUGAAUUUCUAUAGUAUGAAGUGUUAAAAACAGCUAUUUCAGUUCCUAUUGGCUGUGUGAAGGCUACACUCUUAUAUGGAAUCAAAUGAAUGUUGAGAAAAAUGGGUAUAUUGUGAUUGUUAUUUUUUGUUUGUUCAGGAUUUCAGAAUGCCUUUUUAGUUUUCAUAUGGCAAUGUUUCUUAACCAACUGAAAGCUAGAAAUUAUGAUUCCUGCUUACAACUAAUCUUAAAAUGUGUGUCAAGUGUUGUGGAGCAUGCAGGUUGGAUGUUUGUGGCAUGCCCUCUGUGUUUUUACUGAAUCAAGUCAGAAUGGAAUAAAAUGGCAGCACGUCAGCUUUCAAACAUGUGCUUUAUGUUCAGGUGCUGAACCACAAUAACAACACAAACGGGAUUCCUUACACUAUGGAGGUGCACAGACCUCAUGUAUCUAUGUCAUAACAUGAAAACAAUCUAAUCACUUACACAUGGGACUGCAUUUUCCAUUGCAUGGCUUUGAUGGCCUUGAUCACAUUUUGGUUGACCAUAUGAACUUAACAGUAACUUAUAAUGUAAAAAAUAAAAGGGGUUUUUCAAGCAAUACAGGCUUCAAAAACUAUCUGUAUUGACGCCCUCUUCUCAAUUCACAGGUCUUCAUAUGGGUCCAUCAACAUGGACAUGCUCCAUAAUACCGUAGAAUCUAUCAUUAUAUUUCUAUGCCCCAUAGAAAUACACAGUGAUCAUCACUGAUUUUCCCUUUAUUGUUUCUUUUCGGUGUCCUACAGGUAAAAACAACAACAACCUAAUUCCCGUUCUG